ACACGUUGGAGAAAGGAAAUAACAGUGAACACUAAAUUUGUAUAUCGGCAGAGUUUGUUUCUGUUCAAUUCAAUGGAGUCUCCGCCGUCACUUUCUCUAUACAUCUCCCAGAAUUCAAAGAAAAGAGUGUUUCCUAGUGGGAGUUCAAUCGAUGGGCAGAUGGUGGAUGUCUCGCCCUCUAUCAGUUGGAGUUCAAAAUCAGAGUCUGUUAAUCAAAAGGAGUUUAUUCACCGUGAAAUAAUAGAUGUUGACGUGGAAGGAGGUCAUAGUGAUGCAAUGUUUAUUGAUGGGAAUACUGAAUCUAGUAGCAAAGGAAAGGAAAUUUUGCUCGAACUUUCCCUUGGUCGUGGUGGUUCAGCAGGUAGUGGAUCAGUAGAUCAAGUUCAGUCUUCGAAGAAGCACUGCCCUUCAGAAUCAGAUGGUCAAAUCAUUGGAGAUGAUUUUGGCGCCGACCUAUAUUAUGGAGAUGAUGUGCAUACAGACAUGUAUUUUGAUGACCCAGCGCUUAAGGAGUAUGCCAUUAUGCAAUCACAUUUUGAUCAUAUGGAUAUUCCACCUGGUGUUGAGGUUCCAAUCCCGUGGAUGUCCGGUCCUGCUGAAGCUAAAAUGGCGCCAACAACUACAACCACAUCGUCCGCUUCGAAAGCUAUGAGUUUUCCUUUUGGAAAAGAAGCCCCUAAGGUACUAAGGCACCAGUCCACUUCAUGGUAUGGCUCAACUCCUGUUAGUCAGCCUACGCCAUUUGAGCUAUCUUCGUCGUCUCUGGGACCUGCUUUUUGCAAGACCAGACUUUCUGCCAAAGGAAAGUCACAAGAGACAAGUUGUAAAGAACAAAGUAGUUCUACAAACCUAGUACUUGGGGCAGGAAAAUCUUUUAAUGCUCAAGGAUCUUCUUUUAAAAGGAAAUUCCGUUUUUUCGAGGGAACUGCCUCUGACACUUGGCAUGCUCAAUCUAUACCUGGUGUAUCUCAUUUCCCUGAAGUUCAAUUUGUACCUCCACAAAUGCCUGGUUGGACAAAUUUACCCUUUAAAAUGACAACUGCUCCAGCUUCUUCAGGGUCUAUGCUCGCACCAGGUGGUAUGAACUCUCUCCCUAUGCAACAGGUGCAUCCGGCAUUUAUGCUCCCACAAGGUGGUAUGAACUCUCUCCCUCUGCAACAGGUUCAUCCGGGGGUUAUUUUCACAGAAGGUGCUAUGAACUAUUUCCCUCAGCAACAGUAUUUCCCUCAUCCAGGUCAUAUGUACUAUUUCCCUCAGGAAAUGGAUCAUGCACUCUGGACACAGGGUCUGCACGAGAGUGUAACUACUACAGAGAGUUCAUCAAUUCAGUCUGGAUCAGUUUCUAGUGAGAGACAACGUAGAGAUUUAGGUGAAAGUCUGAAGAAUUUCCGUCUCUUCAAAAAAUUUGAUACUGUUCAAGAUCAUUCGGACCAUUUCUUUUCUGGACUUGCAUCCCUUGACAACCAGGCCUCUAAGAGUUGCGCCAAGAGAAUACAGGAGGAAUGGAAAAUACUGGAGAAAGAUCUGCCUGAUACCAUAUUUGUCCGGGUGUAUGAAACAAGAAUGGAUCUGUUGAGGGCAGUGAUUAUUGGAGCUGAUGGAACUCCGUACCAUGAUGGCCUUUUCUUCUUUGAUGUUUUCUUCCCUAGCAACUAUCCCAAUGUUCCACCACAUGUACACUAUCAUUCUUUUGGUCUUCGUAUCAAUCCGAACUUGUAUGAAUGUGGAAAAGUGUGCCUGAGCCUUCUCAACACAUGGGGCGGUAGAGCGAAGGAGAAAUGGAUCCCUGGUGAAUCAACUAUGCUACAAGUUUUGGUUUCCAUACAAGGGCUAAUUUUGAAUGCAAAGCCCUAUUUCAAUGAGCCUGGAUAUGCAAAGAUGAGUGGAUCAGCCAUGGGGGAAAAUUGCUCAAUACAAUAUAAUGAGAGCAUUUUCAUUUUAAAUCUCAAAACAAUGGUUUACUGUAUGAGGCGAUCACCACAGCAUUUUGAGGAUUUUGUUGUUGGGCAUUACUUUCAAAGUUGUCAUGAUAUUCUUGUGGCAUGUAAAGCAUAUACAGAUGGUGCUCAAGUAGGUAGCCUUGUUAGAGGAUGUGUUCUGGAUGCUGUUGAAGGUGACGAAAGAAGUUGCUCUCAAAGUUUUAAGGCCAUGUUGGCUGGAUUCAUCCAGACACUUAAAGAUGCAUUUACAAAGAUUGGCGCAAAGGAUUGUGACAAAUUUCUUCCCUUGGCACAAACGGCGUCAACUGGAGUAGCGCCACCAGUUAACAUAGAGAGCUGCUGACCAUAUAUAGACUGAAGAUAUUAGUAGAGGUACGCGUAAGCUGGCCCGAACCACAGUUAAAAAAGAAAACAUUGUUAUACCUUAUGUUGACAAACUAGUUCUGAACUUGCAUCAUGCAGCCGAGUCUCCAUGUUUUCGGGUGAUAUUUUGUAUAUGGCUGUUAUGGCAGUUUAUACAACUAAUCGAUCAAAAUACUUUUUGUUAAGCUUUAGCUCAUGAUUGUUGCUACAAUUUUAUAGCGUACUCAAGUUUCAAUCGUUCUUUCUUUU